AUGGAGGACCAUUUACGUUUCCUUGACCUCCCAAUAGAAAUCAGGGAGAUCAUUUACCAAGACUUGCUGUGCACUUGGGAGCUCAAGCAUAACCGAGAACGCGCAUUUCUUAGCACUCGCUUCAAUAACCCCACCGCAAUCCUACGAGUCAAUCGACAAGUUUAUUACGAAGCAUAUGACUACCUUGUGAAACAUAACCAGUUCAUCCGUGUGGACUGCGAUGGCAUCAGUAUUCGCUCUGAUCCCCUUGGGCGUCAAAUCUUGCCAGUAACAGAGGACCCCGAGGAAGUUAGCCAAUUCAACGGUUAUGUAGCUCGCAUCAAGUGGACCACGAACAGCGAUCCGCUACAGAAGAGAUCAAGAAAACAGUACAUUGUGCUAGGUCGGCAAUUCCCUGACAUCCUCAAAGCCACAGACUACCACAUCAUGACCCAGUGGCCAGCCAUCACAAUGACCAUCACCAUGGACCCAAUCUCCACCGACAGGGCAGAAGUUACCACCACCUCUCUCCGCCCCUUCCAGACAGCCCUCCUCCGCACCAUCCCCACGUUCCUCCAUGCCUUCCCAGGUCUGAGCAUCCAAGGCUCUUCGGUUUCCAGAAACCUCGCCGCCCGCAUUAUCCGCGAGACCGCAGAACCCCGCUGGACGACACCCACAGCUGCGCUCUCCGACAUCCUCUGGUUCAAACACAACAACGACCGCCUUGGCAAGGAAGCAUACUACCUCUCCACUAACACCGCCACCGAAUGCGGCCUCAAGACCAUCGACUACAUGCGUUCAUCGCCCGCCUGGCCGAAAUUAAUGCUUGCUGGCGGUGUAGACUUCGCUAAUACUGUCGCCGAGCUGGCAUUCGACUUACGUGUCAACCGCGCGCAGCGCGCGCUCGAUGCCAUGGAGCGCUCGCAAUGCCGCAGGAACCUGGUGGAAGAAUUCGCCACACAUGUCGAUGCUGAUAUAGGCAAAUGUCUUCUGUCCGUGCCUUCUCACAACCACCAGGACACUUGGAGCCCGUCUGUGGAACAGGUUGCUAUUGCGAUGUGCAUGUCCGCGAGGAAGUACCGUUUGCUUCUGGAUGCGGAGAACCGCGAUUCUGCGGUGGCGGCCGUGGAGCAUGCGUUCCAGACGUUUCCGGAGAACGAGAUGGUGAUGCGGGAGAAGGAGGCGAUUGCAACGUGGUCGAGCAACGUGGACCGGUAUUUCAAUGAGGUUUGGGUGUCUAAUAGUGGGGCGGUGCUGGAGAUGUGGCAGUGGUGGGAACAGGAAGAGAAGUCUUGCGAUUGUUGA